GCUGAUCCCGGCAGGGGAAGCCCCAACCAUAAUACUGUGCUUCGGAAAAAAACGUCCAUGUGUGCGCAGGUGCCCUCUGCUCAGACACAGAAAGAUCCAUUAAAUAUGUUUUGGUGAAAGGUUUUAGUGUAGACGCCGUAGGAUUUGACUGACAUGACACAGGAGGGUCGUUCUGAGGUCCUUUUGAGGUGGGGAGAGAAGAGGAGGAGCAUGCAGUGGGACAUCCGAGGAGCGGCAGUGGUGGCCAGCGCCUUCCGCUUCCUGUACGGCUGCGCCGAGGCCUGCCUGCUCCCAUUCCUCACCAUAUACAUGCGUCGCCUUGGCCUGGCAGCCUCCAUGGUGGGUGUGGUCAUGGGCACCAAGCAGCUGGUGAGCCUGGUCUGUGGUCCCGCCUCCGCCUGUCUGGCCAGGCGUCACGACAGGCGGCGGGUUGUGGUUACGGUGUCACUGCUGGGCUCAGCAGCUGCCUGCCUGGUCUUCCUGCUGAUUCCCUCUGUCGUCGAGCAGCCGCCAAGUCCCCUCUGUAAUGACACCUCGGGGCCAGUGGAGGGUGCUGUGGUUUCUCACGACCUGGGUGACUUCUCCUUUCAAGCCAGCAGUGUCACGCCCAGUCUGAGCUCCGUUACACGACUGUCACUGGGUUAUGAAAACACGAUAUCCUACAAAGCCAUGCCCUCAACCACAGUUUCGGUCCCAGAGACCGGUGGUGUGGUGAACAUGUCCAGUCCACACAGUCAGGAAGGGCUCUCUACGGAAGAUCACACAGAAGAUGUAGGAUUUGUGGGCAGAAACCCAGAAACAAACGUUUCUUCAGGUCAAAAUGCCUCGCAGACCUUGCUUUCUGGGAGAGUAUCGCGGUCAGCAGACGCAGUGGAGGAGUGGAAUCAGAGACGAGGCGAGUUUCUUGGGGGCCUGAAGGUGAUGGACCCUCAGCACCAGCUCUUCUUCCUGCUGCUUUUGGCAGUCAGCCUGUGGGCGGCUCUGACGGCGCCGCUGGACCGGACGGCCACCGACGGAUUGUACGAAUACCUAGACUUCGUGGAUGCCACUGACCGGCACCGAGCGGCCCAGACCUGGGCCUUCCUGGGGGGUGCAUUUGGGGCAUGUGGUGCAGGUCUCCUGGUCAGCAGCUUGGCCUGCCUGGUGUCCACCAGCCGUGCCAUCCACUUCUAUGGUUACACCGUCCUCGCUGGUCUUACCCUCCCCACCGUCUUGCUUCUGCCCAUGUACAGGCACAAGAAGCAGGAGGCCGCUGGGAAGGCGCUGAAGGCCCUGCGGCUGGUGCGGGGGCACCCCCGGGCGCUGCUCUGUGUCACCACGGUCUUCCUGGCUGGGGCAGCCAGGUCUGUAGUGAGUGACUUCCUGUUCUGGCAGAUGCAGGACCAGGGUAGCGAUGAACUCCACAUGGGCCUCGCCCUCACCCUGGACCUGCUGUCACAGUUGACCUUCAACCUCUUGAGCAGACACCUGCCCCGUUUCCUAACGCCCGGCCGGGCUCUGAGUGCGAGCACAGCCUGCUUGGCCCUCCAGUGCCUUUACGGCUCUUUCUUGUGGGGUCCAUGGACGGUCCUGCCUGUCCAGCCAUUGGUCGGCUUGGGUGUUGGCGCCCUCUGGUGGGCAGUGCAUGAGGUGAGCGAGGACAUCGCCACGCCGGGCACAGAGAGACACGUGCUCGGUAUAUUCCAGCUCAUGUCGGCGGGCCUGGGUGCCGGCUUGGGCAGUUUUUCUGGAGGCCUGGUGGUGCAGAGAUUUGGCGUGCCGGUGCUCUUCCGCGGCGCAGCGGUGGUAUUGGCCCUCUGGACACUGAGCCUUCAAAUACUCCAGUACCAGACCCCACACCAGAGGCGGAUCAACUAUUCCCAACUGCUGACGGCCGACACGAGCGAGGCCAGUGACUCGGAAUCGGACCAGGACCGAGACUGGCUGGCGAAAGCUAUGGAUGACGACAAGACCAACAACAACAACAAUUGGUAAAAAUCUUGCCUUCAGCUGACUGACAGCUGUUUCCUGCUGGAUAAAAAGCUGCACUGUAAAUGACCAGACUUCCCAUUAAAAAGACGUUUCAGUGGUAUGGAUGAGCCUCGUUCUCGUAAAUCCAACCACGAUAGUGUUAUUGGUGCAAUGAUGACUGUUUGAGUUCCGUUUUCUGUUUGUCAUUUAUCGAGCACAAAGUGUGUCCUUUGUCUCUCUACCUUGUGUGGUGAUCAAUAUGUCACAUUUUUGGAUGGAAUAUUAUGGGCAAACAUUAAGGCACACUAAGAAAAAUUAUAACCGAAAUUUGCAAUGUGAAGUUAUGGCUUUCAUGCUACAUGCUAGUCUGACUUAUUGACAGUCAGGUACCUAAUGGUUGAUACCUGAAGAAAUAUUAAUUUAUGAAAUACUUUGUAAUGCCUGAAUUCAGAUUAGUCGUGUUUGUCAAUAAUGGUCUUCGGAAAUAUGGCACUGUAAAUACAUGGGUGUGAA